CCCGGAUACAAAUGGCAUUGCUACUUCGGCGACAUUGGGUAGGUAUGCACUUGAGGUAUCGUCUAAGACACCAGUAUAAGUAGUUGAGUUUCAUCAUACUUUACGUGUCGAUGAUUUUAAAUAUGCACUUCGUCUAAUAUCCUUACUCACUUUAAGUCACUAUUUCAUUUGGUUAUAUUUCAAAGUUCCGUACAUAGCCUGAAUGUCCAGCAAACCAGCAAUGGUCGUGUCAGACAUUGACUCCGAUGGAACACAGCGUGAUCUAGAACUGGGCCACGCCAAAGGCGUCCAUCUCGUGAACGAUGUGGUUCGCUCCUUUGCUUGGAACAGCCUUGAUGUCCAGAUCAAGGACCGUAAAACGAAGGACCCCCUUUCCAUCCUUUCCGAUGCGAGCGGCAUUGUUCACCAGGGAGAGAUGCUUGCCAUCAUGGGACCGAGCGGAUCAGGGAAGACCACGCUGCUCAACGCCCUCGCUCAUAGAAAGGCCGCGGCUGGUGCAACGACGACGGGCGAGAUCUUAGCAAAUGGCCAACGGAUCGACCAAGAUAUACUUCGGCAGCACUCCAGUUACGUGGAGCAGGAGGAUGCCCUGAUCGGAAGUUUGACAGUGAUAGAGACGAUGAAUUUUGCAGCUGGUCUCGCAUUAUCCAGUUCGACUACAAAGAAGGAGAGGAAGCAACGCGUCCGGGACCUGAUAGCAAGCUUUGGCCUACAAGGCCAGGCGGAUACAAUUGUUGGAACCCCCAUCCAGAAGGGUCUCAGCGGUGGCCAAAAGAAACGACUUGGGGUUGCAAGCCAGCUUGUCACAGACCCAAGGAUCCUUUUCCUGGAUGAACCGACAAGUGGUCUUGAUUCUGCUCUCAGCUAUGAAGUGAUGAAUUAUAUCAAAGAAAUUGGGCGGAAGAACAAGCUUAUUAUCAUUGCGUCCAUCCAUCAGCCGUCGACGUCGACGUUUAAACUAUUCGAUAGGCUCUGUCUCCUUUCCACCGGCAAGACAUGUUACUUCGGUUCCCUCCCAGAAGCACAUCCGUAUUUCUCCAGUAUUGAUUUCCAAAUGCCUACGGAGAUUAACCCAGCUGAAUACUAUCUGGACCUAAUCAACACUGACCUGGCCCAGCCAGGGGAUGAAGUGUAUCAGCGAGCCCAAUGUAUCGCUCGAGAGUGGAAUGAAAGCGACCGUGGAGUUGCGCUCAAGAACGAAAUCCAAGCCACUAUCGACCUCGCCAAAUCCGAGAAGAGCAUUCCGAUUCUUGCGGAUAUUAGGCUUCAUGAACCAAGCCUAUGGACGAUCACCCCUGUCCUGCUCCAUCGAUCGUGGACUAAAGCGUACCGGGACUUCGUCGUAUACGGAAUCCGUAUCGCCAUGUACCUCGGACUGGCCAUUCUCAUGGGCACCGUCUUCCUCCGAUUGAGCAAUACCCAAGCGAAUAUCCAACCAUUCAUCAACGCGAUCUUUUUCGGUGGAGCAUUCAUGUCGUUCAUGGCUAUCGCCUACGUCCCUGCCUUCUUGGAGGAUCUGGCGACAUUCAAAAAGGAACGAGCAAACGGGCUCGUUGGGCCAUUGGCAUUCAACAUGGCCAAUUUCAUAAUCGGCCUCCCAUUUAUCUUCCUCAUCGCCGCUCUCUUCUCCAUCGUCGAAUACUUCCUCACGGGCUUUAGACAAGAGGCACAGGCAUUCUUUAUGAGCACACUAUGGCUGUUCCUCGACCUCUUGGCUGCCGAAGCGCUCGUGGUCCUCGUCUCGUCCAUCUUCCCCAUCUUCGUUCUCGCUCUCGCCGUCACCGCGUUCGCAAACGGGCUGUGGAUGUGCGUCGACGGGUUUUUAGUGCCGAUGAACAUCCUCAAUCCGUUUUGGAAAUACGUCUUCCACUACAUUGACUACCAAGCAUACGUCUUCCAGGGGAUGAUGGUCAAUGAGUUUAAAGAUCGGGAUUACAGGUGCACCUCGAUAGACGCGGACACUUACCAUUGCAUGUACCCAAGCGAUCUCAACUCCAAAGGCAAGAUACGCGGCACUUCAGUGCUAGAGGCCUUCGGUAUCAGCGUUGGUAAGGAAGCGCAGUGGGUUGGAAUCAGCAUUGCCAUCAUUGCUGGCUAUCGGAUUCUAGCCUAUAUGGUGUUACGAUUGCGGAAGUAGUGGGGUGACAAUAUUGGAUAUCAUUUUCGUCCACAAACUGGUUAUCAGCAAGCAUCUAGGGCGAAGAUGCAUUGCAUAACAUAAAUGAUGAAACGCCAUGUCGUUGGCGACCUACCGGUACUUAUGCCCAUGGAUAUCAGCCAGAGAGAAUUCGACUAGAGCUUUGCUUGCAUUGGUAUACAUUGAGAUACUGUAUGCAGCUCGGUUCGAGGAUUAGUGUGACUGCAUCGUUAGAGCUAUUGUUCGAUUAACCAAAUUCC